GCUUUCGUCAGAUUUGAGACGCUGUUGGACCCGUAGUGACGUCAGUUAAUGGAAAUUGUCAGAGUGGCAAGAUGGCUACGGAACCAAAUAAGACUGAGAUCCUCACCAUUUUUAAGAGAUUAAGAUCUAUUCCCACAAACAAGGUAUGUUUUGACUGCGCAGCAAAAAAUCCCAGCUGGGCAAGUAUUCCCUACGGUGUGUUCUUAUGCAUUGACUGCUCUGGCAUCCACCGCUCCCUGGGAGUGCAUCUCAGCUUCAUCAGAUCCACUGAGUUAGACUCUAACUGGAACUGGUUUCAGCUCAGAUGUAUGCAGGUUGGAGGCAAUGCCAACGCAACGGCAUUCUUCCGCCAGCAUGGCUGCUCUACAAAUGACACUAAUGCCAAGUACAACAGUCGUGCAGCCCAGAUGUACAGGGAGAAGAUUCGCCAGCAAGCAAAUGCUGCAUUGUCCAAAUAUGGCACAGAUCUGUGGAUUGACUCCUCUGCAGGAAGCACUACUGCAGUUCCUGAGAAGAAAGAGACAGACUUCUUUGCUGAACACACGCAGCCUGCCAACGACUGGAGCAUGGCGCCGCCCUCUGAGCCAGAGCAGAAUGGAGCCACUGUCACCCCACAGCUGACCGACACAACACCUAAAGGCCAGGAUGACAACCAGCCAGAGGAAGGACCCAGCAUUGAUGGUCUGAGUACAUCACCCAAAGCCUCCAUUGAGGACUCCAUGCGUUUGUCGUCACAGGAAGGAUGGACACCUACAGAUGUGAAACCUUCCAUAAUUGGAAAAAAGAAGCCCAUGGCUGCCAAAAAAGGGCUCGGUGCAAAGAAAGGCCUCGGUGCCCAGAAGGUGAGCAGCAAGAGUUUCUCUGAGGUGGAGAAACAGGCGCAGGUGGCUGAGAAGCUGAGAGAGGAGCAGGCUGCUGAGGCAAAGAAACAAGCUGAGGAAUCCAUCGUGGCGUCGAUGCGUUUGGCGUACAAAGAGUUGGAGAUCGACCGGAAGAUGGAGGAAAAGAAGCUUCAGAACAUGGAGGGCAAGAAGAGAGAGCAGGCUGAAAGGCUGGGCAUGGGCUUCGGAAACAGGAGUGCUGUGUCUCACUCAGUGAUGUCAGAGAUGCAGGUGAUCGAGCAGGAAACUCCUGUGGGAGCCAAGUCCUCCUCUCGCUCCAAACUGGACAUGUUUGAUGAGCCGGGCUUUACCUCUGGACCCCCAAAGUAUAAGGACAACCCGUUUACAGUGGGAGACAGUUUUGGAUCCCGGUGGGAUACUGAGGGAGGAAGUGCCUCCUUUGCCACCUCCUGGGCUCUGGAGAAAGAGGACCCCAAAGAGGAGGUCACCAUCUCUAGUAUUCAGCCAAUAGGAGAGAGACUUCCCAGCAGAAGAAAAGCUGAGGUAUCAGUUCCAGUGUCAGAGUCCAGUGAGGCCAGGCAGAAGUUUGCCAAUGCAAAGGCGAUCUCUUCAGACAUGUUCUUUGGUCGAGAGACCAGCGCAGAGUAUGAAGCGAAGACAAGACUCGAGGGAAUGUCCGCAAGCACCUCCAUCAGUUCAGCUGACCUGUUUGGUGAUGGCAGUGACAAUAAAGGGAGAGCAGCAGGCUUUGACAGUGUGCUCCCCUCUGGUCCAGACAUUGCACAGUUCAAACAGGGAGUGAAGACUGUAGCGGGCAAGAUGGCUGUCCUCGCCAACGGUGUCAUGAAUACGAUCCAGGAUCGUUACGGCUCCUACUGAUCAGCCACGAGAGAUGAGCACCAACCUGUGGGGAGAAAUGCUAACUAACGCCUGUGUAGAGCCAACCAGUCUCCUGACUGACACGUCUGACACGCAUUUGGAUGGAAGAGAUGGGACGGGGGAGAGACAGGAGGCAGAGAGGAUUGCAUGGGGUAAAGAAAUCAUCCUUGUCGCCUGUCCCUCUUUUAGAGACAAUUUUACAGGAGUGAGACAGUAUUCUCUUCUCUCAUUCUCAUUAGCAGACUCUUGAGUUUUAUUUUCAUACAGGAAACCAUUGAAGGGUGUAGUCUUUUCUAAACCAAGAGUUUUGUUGUAAUUUACCGUCAAGAAUUUUUUGGUCUGAGAUUUUCAAAAUGACGUCAGAGUUAAUUCUACUAUAUUUUAUUCCUUCUACACAAAUCAAAGUGUUGUUUUUGAUUCAUACUAUCAAAUACUUCAUGCUUAUGUCAUUUGUUUUGUUUUAUUAUGAUAUUAAAAAAAGGUGCAGUAUAUGUUUUCAACUUUUAGCGUUAAUUUGAACAAGAAUUCACAAUGUUUCCAUUCAGUGUUUGAUUCACUGCCGCACACUUACAUAAAGCACUGACAGCAACUGUCUUGACCAUUUCAGACUAUUUGUGAGCUUGGAAUUAUGCACGUCUGUCUGGGUGAAAGUAUUUUCUCUGAAAACACUGGAGCGUCAAAUAUCUGAUGUCCUAGCUGCUAUAGUUAUUUAUUAUCAUUGUUUUGAAUAAUCGGUUAAACCCAGGGAGCACACAGGUGGCUUAGGGUCAGAAUCGCCUGGUGCCUCUGGCUUGGCUUGUGUCUCAGCAAAUUUGUGCACAGUAAUUUAAGAUUUUAAAUUGGGGAUGAAGAGGGCAUUAAACUCAGCCUGUAGAUGGGAAAACGUAGUCAGUUUUGAUACAGACAUCAGACAGAAUAUGCUAAGUCCCAGCUCAUAAAACAACACUGGUUUGACUAUGCAUCUCCAUUUACAAACUUCAGAGAAGUUUCACUUUCAUGUUUCUGCUGGUUGAAUCUGAAGUCUGCCUCAAUGUACCUCAGCUCUGAAAAAAACAAGUCGUUUUGUUGGUGUUGCCUUUUUCUCUUUCAGCGGUUAAACCUUUUAUUUUGGAAGGCUGAUGUCUUCAGUUUACAUGUUUAUCUUUUAAGUUUCCAACAUAUUGGCCGAUUAAAAAUAUUCCCGACAUUCUAGCUGUGGAACAUCAUCAGGGCUUAGCCUCUAAAUGAUGAUGAUGAUCCAAAGAAACCUUUCAGCAUUUCUCCAACACUGGCCUGGUAGCAUGCAAGUGAAUAAAACAAAAUGUGUCUAGUACUGUGUGAUAAAAUCAGACUCAUGUAUCCUGGUGCAUCACCUUGUAAGCUGUCUUACCAGUUUCCUGCUUGUGAUGCAGCUCGUCUCAAACUUGCAGCACCACCACUUUAUGUUUCCCGCAGACUUGACAUUCAACAAGUUAUUGAAAGGACUGUCUGAGUAGAUGAGAUGUCUGGAUACUGGUUUGUAAAUUUUUUUUUUAAUAGAUCAGAGUCUCAUAUUUUUCCUACCAUGGCCAUGCCUGUGUGUCCCACCUACAGUAAUAUCUCCAAAAAGUAACAACCACGUGGAUGAAACAUUCAACUAUUUAUUUGUAGGCUACAAAAAGAAACUUAUUCAGUAUAUUAAUAAAGAUCAAAAACCUC